AUGAGGACGCCCACUUCGCCGGCCGUCACUCCCAAGAAAACUUCCGAUUCCUGGCAGAUUCCGGCGUUUGACCCCGAAAAACACCGGCUGAGCACAGACCGGCCCGUUGGCUCCUAUCGGCGUUACUCGGAAACCAAAGAACAGAACGGUUCGGGAGGGCUACCCGAAUGUCCCCGAACAGUACCUGUUAUGGGAAAGAUGGAUUGGCUAACGCUCCCGCGAACAAACUUCAACAUUUGCCCUACGUGCUACGAUAGCGUCUUCGCGAAAUCCGAAUUUCGAACGCACUUCCAGCCAAUCCUGCGCCCGACCGAUGAAGCAAUAGUGUGCGACUUUGGAUCCUCCCCAUGGUACCGAAUUGCCUGGCUCCUCACCGUGAAACAUGAACGGCAGGACUUGCGACUGUUCUACCAUGUGGUCAACGUGACCGCCUCAUCGCGCGGUGAAGCAUGCCCCGGCAGCCAGAGAUCGACUCGCAACUGGCUGACGAUCAAAGACCCUUAUACGAGACGGCCAGUGUCCGAAUUUGCGGUUUGCUAUCGGUGCGCAAUGAUAGUGGAGGCUUUGCUGCCGAACCUGACUGGCUUGUUUGUGCCACUGAGCUCCAGGUCGGAGCCAUUGAAGAAAGUCUGCGCAUUGCAUUUCACGCCAAAGAGGAAGCAGUUUGUGCGCUACUUUGAUGCUUUAGAGACGACGUCGGACAAGGCCUUGGUAGGCAGCCAAGCGCCAGACAUUGCCGACCUGGCCCAAGAGCUACGACGGCUUAGUGUCGGUCACGAGUGUCGCGAAGACAAUCCCGUGCGCGACGGCUACUGGCAUAUGAUGCAGUCCCUGCCGGAAAUGACGGUGUGCGAUGCUUGUUUCAACGAGGUCGUUCGACCAAGGGUUCAGGAUGGGAAUAGCGUCGCUCAGGGCUUCUUCACCAAGCCACAGCGAUUGCCCGUUGCAACCUGUCAGCUGUACUCGCCAAGGAUGCGGGAAAUUUUCCACAAGGCCUGUCGACGGCGAGACCGCGAAUACCUCGAAGCGAGGGUGCUGGAACGGCGGGAGAUUGAAGCAGACAUCUUCGAAAAGCUGCUGAAGCUCGAUAAAGCACAGAGAAACGAUGCUCGGUCGGAAAAACAGGUGGAAAGGCUGGUCGAAGAAUGGAAAAGAUGGGAAUAG